GCUCUUCCUGCGGCCACGAAGAGCGGUCCUAGUGCCCUCCAUGUAUCCUAACCGCCAUUGAACAAACAAAAAAAAGACGAACGACGAAGCCAACUUGGAAGUGGUCCAUGGAAAGGUUGGUAGCGCGACCUCCUGUACUGUAGAAUGUAGUAUGGACCAUAGGACAGGAAGAAGAAGUCCCGUUAAGAAGCUGUGGAGACCUAAGAUGCUCUACUAGUCUGCUGGAAAUCCAAAGAAGACGAAGGAGUAAAAAGCAAAAUGGCGUUUGACAGAGAAGGCCUAAACGUGGCCACUGGCCAUUAUUGUUUCUCUAUUUGUAUAUUUAGUGCAUACAUGUACGCAUAUAUGUCGUGUAGUAGAUGAAACAUUCUUAGUCAUUGUUUGUACCCGGAUACAUUAGUCUGAGCGCACUUUAUCGCGUCUUGUGCUAGUUAGCUUAGCUUGUUAGCUGCUAACAAAGAGGCGCGGACGUUAUCAACAAAUCGCUAAGUAGAGAUCAAAUGUGAGAGUAAAGUGUUGUGAUUGUGUGAAAAUGUGCGAAAGAACGAUAGCAAAGUAUGAGGAGGAACUUUGGCCCGCAAAAGAGGAGAACAAGCGACAACAUCAACUACUGGACGCUGUUUUCAAGAAACAUCAAGUUGUGUUACACAGAACAGACGUCCAUCAGCCCCCUCACAUUAAAGAAGAAGAUGAGGAUCCACAGCCCCCCCACAUUAAAGAGGAAGAGGAGGAAGUGUGGAUCACUCAGGAGGGAGAUUGUCUUCUAGGGCAGGAGGAGGCUGAUCUCAGCAAGUUUCCACUGACUGUUGUCUCUGUGAAGACUGAAGAGCAUGAAGACAAACCACCUGAGUCCUCACAGCUUCAUCACAGUCCAAACGUCCAGCAGCCCCCCCAUAUUAAAGAGGAAGAGGAGGAAGUGUGGAUCAGUCAGGAGGGAGAGUGUCUUCUAGGGCAGGAGGAGGCUGAUCUCAGCAAGUUUCCACUGACUGUUGUCUCUGUGAAGACUGAAGAGCAUGAAGACAAACCAGCUGAGUCCUCACAGCUUCAUCACAGUUCAAACGUCUGUAAAGAACAACUUCUGCCUGAAAAACAGGAGUGUAGCUUCAGGAUGGUGAAGGAGGAUCCUUCAAAGAGGACGACCAGGCGCCACGGACCCUCUGGCGUCUCCUUUUCCUCUUUGACACAGACCCUUCCCUGUAAAAAGGAAGAGGAAAACUCACCGACGCCCCACAUUAAAAAGGAAGCGAUGGAACACAACAUCAGUCAGGAGGGAGAUGAUCUUGAAGGACUGGUGGAGUUCCCAGUGACUGGUGUCCCUGUGAAGAGUGAAGAUGAUGAGGUCAAAAGUGAAAGUGAGGAGAAGAGAGAGGGGGAGCCUCCAAGCAGCAGCUCAACACAACACAUGACAACAGAAGCUGAUGGAGACCACAGUGGAGGAUCACAAGCAGACAAGCUCUUAGCUCCACUAUCAGAUAGUGAGGACACAACGUCACACUCUCCUGACACUGAUGAUGAAGACUCUAAAGACGAUAAGCCAUGUCACACUGACAACACUCACUUCACAUGUUCUCACUGUGACCAAACAUUUAGAUAUCAUUGUCACCUAAAAGCACACAUGGGAAGACACACUGGAGAAAAAACAUUUCCCUGUUCAAUCUGUGGUAAAGGUUUUGUACACAGUCACCAUUUGAAAGUGCAUAUGAGAAUGCACAGUGGUGAAAAACCUUUUUCCUGUUCAACCUGUGGUAAAGGUUUUACACAAAGUCAUGAUUUGAAAGUACACAUGAGAACACAUACUGGUGAAAAACCGUUUUCUUGUUCAACCUGUGGUAAAGGUUUUACACAAAGUCAACAUUUGAAAAGACACAUGAGAACACACACUGGAGAAACACCUUAUUCCUAUUCAACCUGUAGUAAAGGUUUUACACAAAAUCAACAUUUGAAAGUGCACAUGAGAACACACAGUAGUGAAAAACCUUUUUCCUGUUCAAUCUGUGGUAAAGGUUUUGCACACAGUAACAAUUUGAAAAGACAUAUGAGAACAGACACUGGUGAAAAAUAUUCUUCCUGUUCAACCUGUGGUAAAGGUUUUACACAAAGUCAGGAUUUGAAAGUACACAUAAGAACACACACUGGUGAAAAACCUUUUUCUUGUUCAACCUGUGGUAAAGGUUUUACUCAAAGUCAACAUUUGAAAGUACACAUGAGAACACACACUAAUGAAAAACCUUUUUCCUGUUCAAUCUGUGGUAAAGGUUUUACACAAAGUCAGAAUUUGAAAAGACACAAGAGAACACACAUUGGUGAAUAAUCACAUUCCUGUUCAAUCUGCAACAGAAGCUUUGGUGACCGACCAUCCCUUGUAGCACCUAUGAGAAGACACACAGGAGAGAAAUUGUUGAGUUGCAGUGUGUGUGGUGAAAGAUUCUCUUCUAAGUACCAGUGUAAGAAACACAAGUGUGCUGGUGAGAACAACAGCAGCAAAUGAAACUGCAGGAUUUGAAAUAAACUGUCAAGACUUUAAUUUAGAUUUUCUAACAUCAGCACAUAAAACAUGUGUGACAUUGUUGUUUGUGUAACAAUCUUUUAAAUAUGCUUAUACAUUUAUGGAUUAGAUAUUUUAUCUUUGUUCUUUUUUCAGUGAAGUAUAUGCAUUAUUAAUAUGCAAUCAAAGUUUGGAGUUUAUUUUGUUUCCUUAUCACAGAACUAACAAGUGUUGUCUUCAAUUGCAAAACAAGAUUCUAAAAAAUAUUUUAAGUGGUCAAUUCUUUCUUUUUUUUCUUAAAUGAACUCCUUUGCUUUUAGAAGAAUGGAAACUUUCAAGUUAUGAGUAUUGUUUUUGUUCCAGAGAAAAUACAGUAAAGGAGGAAUAGUAAACAAUUAAAAAGAUGAUAUACUGUAACAUCAAUAUUUUGGAUGAAAGCCUUUUUAAUUUUUAUAAUUAUUUUUUUGGGUCACACAUAACAAUGAAAUAUUCAAUAAUAAAAUACUUUUAUCACUCAAUAA